UUACAUAUUAACUAAAAUAAAGUUCCAAUAAAACCGGUUAUUAUAUACGCCUCUACAACUCGACAGCACUGACGCUCUCUUUCUCAAUUUAAUUAUAAAUGCACGCUCUUGGCCGCUUGGUCAAAACAAUUCAAGCGGCUAUGACCACUAGUAUAAGCCAAUUGGAUUCAGUGCUUUUGCUAAUAGAGACGAUUGGACAUCAAAAGGCCAAAUGCGCGGAUAGUAGUCGUAUAUUUGCCGCAUACUAUUAAUUUAAUUGUAUAAACAAAUAAUACGUGGAGACGAGAAUAACUCUAAGAACCGAACUCAUUAGCAUGAUAAAUGGAAUAAAAUUUAAAUAAUUAAGCGCUGAUGGAAAAUGCAAUAAUUAAAUUUACUUAACAAACUAAGCUUAAAAUUGUGAAAAGAAAAAGUAGCUACAAUCUUUGCAGUUCGUAGACCGAUGAAGUUUCGAAAUUUAAUGUUGUUGCUAUUUGUUCGUAUUUUGUGUAACACAAAUAGACCGAGGCAGUGAAUCGUCGCCCUUGGCCGUUGAACGUUUCUACUACAUGUGGAUGGGCAAAGUGGACGUGUACAAGCAUCUGAUACAGCUGACAUUAAAUUGCGGUAGCUGUAAUUGUGUUUUUUUCUCCGUUUUUGCCCCUUUUCACUUUCAGUUUUCAAUGCCAUUGACGCACUCGUGUUUGCAUGGAAGCCCAACAGUAUACAAGUGGGAUAGUUGCUGAUUUGUGGCUAAUCAACCAACCGAUGAACUAACCAGCCCACUUGCCGACCUGGAUAGCACCGAACAACCAACCGCCCAAUCAUCACGUUAGUCAAUCGCAUUACACGUCAUUGCAUGUUAAGUUCUCCUGCAGUUCAACAAUCAAUCUAUCGGAAAAUUAGCAUUUGAAUAAUUAGCGAUUUCGGCAAAAAUGUUGCUGAGAACAACAGUGACCGCGGCUGCCAUUGGACGCAUCGCGUCUGAAAUAUAAAAACAAAUCGAGUACCAAGCAAAACUCGCAGCACUAAAUGUUAACGAACUUUGCGAAAACAUCAACAAGAACAUCCGCAGUGGGAACAGGAAUUUAACUUUUCGCAGAAUAAAACAAAAUAAAUACUAUAUAGCCGACGGAGAGGUAACACCCACGGGCACUUACACACACGGACGCACUUACAAAUCCAUAAGCGAGCAAAAGCCACGAAGUCAUCGGCACACAUCACCCAGCGACACCCACCUUUCCCCACAUUGACGCACACAUACACACGCAUAUUUGUUUACAUCCCAAAGCCAACCGCAGCACCUAUAUAUUUUCUGUUGCUAUUGUAACGUCUAGUGAUAAGAACAAACGCACAAAGUAGAGUAGUAUGAGCGAAGAAGUUAACGCAGCAAGAUAGUCAACACAGCAGGAAAAGUCAGUGGAAGGCAGAGUAGCAAAUUACAAAAAAGGGAAACGCGGGAAGGCGCAGUAACGCGGACUCAGCGUAUAACACGCCUAGUUAAUUAAAUAAUUGAUUUAUUAUAACAUUUUUAGUAAGCGUAAAAAUUUCUCAACACUACUACAAAUAGCAUACACGAAGCCAAAUAGCAGAUACCUGCACGUUUUCUCUCAACUUGCCAAUAAAAGGGAAAAACAAUUCAAAACUGAAAAAAAUUGCCUGCGUGUCUAUGAAUAUUUAACCAACAAUAUGACAUCAUACGCGACCGCAAAUGAUUCUAACACCACAGCGGCAACAAUGGAAAACAUAAAUGCGACGAAUGAUACCGCAACCGCUGUAGACGCGAACACAAACGCAAACGCAGGUGCGGAGAAUGUCGAUGGCAUGCGAAACUUUCACACAACUGUUGAACGCUCGCCAUAUGAAAGUCCAACAACACCAUCAACGUAUGACUGUGAUGUAGCGCGCAAAUUAGGCGAGACAACAUUGCUGCAGCAGCAGCAGCAAGAGCAACAAGAUCAGCAAUUGUUAGAUACACCAAUGAGCAAUUGUUGCACUGACUAUGAGUGCGAUUCGUUUUCAGACGGGCAUGAGAAGACCGAUACAACACCGGAAAAUCUGAAGAAGAUUGAUGAUGUCAUUGAGCAGCACCAACACUUAAAAAAUCGCCCAUCCUCGCAUUAUCUUAGUAAUUCGCAAGCAAUAGCAUCUAACGCAGCAGAUUUUGAAAGAGAGUUUUUUGGUGCUGGUGAUGUUGGCUAUGGAGUUGGGCUCGCCGCGGCAGUUGAUGACUCAAAUGCAAAAUUUUGCUUUGGCAAACCGCUUUGCAAAGAAAAAGAAAUGUUGAGCAAAAGCGAACGCAUAGAAAGCCAUGGCCGCAGCAGCAGCAUCGACUGUGGUUCGACUGUCGAUUUGAGCAAAAGCAAGCUGAGUGCCGACGGCAACGGCAGUGACAGUGGUUGUGUUACACCGUCCACAAUGUCGGACAUCAAUAUGGGGGCGCUGAUCGUUAGCGGCGGCGGUGCAGAGAAUAGCGAAUCGUUACAGCACGACGAUGAUUCAUCAGCUUCCAAUGCAACUAAUACCACAACAACAGCAACAACCAAUAAACAAUCGUACGCUUUUACAAUCGACAACUUCAAUGACAGCGGCUGCGAUCCGGAGACAGCGAAAGCGCGUUACAAAAGCAUGAUGGAGCGUUUUCAGAGUCGUCAUCGACGCGGCGCUUCCAUGUCUAAGCUGGAAGCGGGUGAUGCUGCCAACAAGGAGUCGACAAUGACUAGCUCGGUAUCUGCCACACCGCUGAGUGGCCACACACGCCACAGUGCGCGCAACAACGGCAACACAGCAGACAAUUCACACGAUAAUGGUGCUCUCGGCGGCGGCGGAGAUGCGUCGAAGGUGAAAUUGCGUGUGCGUGAUCGUAGCACGUCGCGCGUCCGGGAUGCCAGCAAGCGCCACAGUUGGUCACCGCGUUCCAGCACACAGGAGCAACAGUUGCACGGGGGGCCCGGCCAGCAUGCGCGAAACGCGCAGACACCGUCUGCAGCACGCGCUGCCCACAUAAACGCCAAUGAACGUGCCAACAGCGCGCAGAAGCCGCUGCCACCAACGCGUAAAAACGCCAGCAAGCAGAAGCCACCGCCGCUACAGUUGCCCAAAGGCGCGGUCAACCUAGUCGCGAAUCGCACGCAGUUCACGCCACGCUCGACCGCUAUGCAACUAGCGCUGCAAAAGGUUGACUUCUUGUGCGUGCAACCCCCGCUUGCCGAAUUGAAGAACUACAACCUGGAGGCAGAUAACAUUAGUGAGACGGGGACGUAUACGCUGGAUGGCGAUAACUACACCGAGGAGGAGAAGGAUCUCAUGAACAUCGAUAAGAGCGCGAAGCAGGCGCUUAAAGCACAACAGCGCCCGAAGAAUUUGCAGCUCAGCUCAAGUGUGUGUGAGAGCAACACUAAGAUACCAGUGCAUGUGAACAACAAUCGCACAAAUGUGCUCGAGGUGAACUACUACCACGAUGCGGAGGCGGAACAAGUGCCGCAAUCGCCGCGCGCUUACACUGAGCGCGAUCUCAUACUGGGUUCGCAUGAGUCGGCUGGCGCAUACUUAGAGAAAAUCAAGUCACGUGUGCUACGCAACGCCUCGGCAACAAAGUCUGCGCCGCCGGUCGCGGACGAAGUCGAGGAGAAGACGCCUACGGAAGAUGACGGUGAUUUAGGUUGCUUCACGAGCGUUACAACUAGCGGCGUGCUGGCCAAGAAGAGCGCGCUCGAUCCACGUCCGCGGCUGACUCGCAAAUCUGGGUUGUCCACAUCACAAAUCGAUUCUUCAGAGUAUGUUAGCAAUGAGACAAAGCUGAAGACAAACACGGCCAGCGCUUACGCAGGCGGCGGCUUCACGGACCACCAAAAGGCCGAAUAUCGUUUGAAUUUGUUUACAAAUCAAAAGGACAACACACAGGCGAAGUUUGCCGCCACGCGCAGUUACAUUGAAUCGCCGCCGGAGACGCCAACACACCAGAAACUAUCCGAUGCGGCGGUGCUGAAGACGGCGCAAACGAAAAACGAUUGGAUACAGGAGUGGGCGCGUAAUGCGCGUGCACGCAGCCUCGCUUCAGAAACGUCCAAGACGCGCGUACAUGCCGACGCGUCGCAUACGGCGUUGAUGACGCGCAGCUACACAUGCGCCUCCGAUACAGCUGCUGCCGAUUCGCUCACCGACGAUAGCAUUUACAAUAGUAAACAGUGCGUCAGCGCUGCCAAGCUGAAUCGCAGUCUAGCCGAGCGUUACCGCUUGUCAGGCGAAUGUGACUAUUCAAGCGAUCCAACGUUGUCGAGCGGCGCGUACAGCAGCAGCGGCCAGAAGGCCGAGGGCAUUUGCAAGCCACCAAAGAGUCCUUCGAAAAUACCCUCACCGCUGCAUUCGAUUGGACGUGCGCGCAGUGCAAGUCGUACGCGCCCACCGCUACAAAAUGUGCUGCUACAGGGCGGCGUCGGCGACGAAGAGGCGGAUAUUUAUUUGCAAAAGACAGCGGCUGCUAUCAGCAACCUGCAGCAGUCUCUGUCUCGCAAGAAUUCGCUGAAAUCGCCGCCCACUACACAUUCUUCAGCGUCGCCACGUGCGCACUCAGCACGCUCGCACGCCCAUUCCUCAGCGCUGUACUCGCCGCCAGAUGACUGCGGCAGCCCCCAGCAUGGACUGGGCUCGCCUACCUCUGCGGCCAGCGGAAGCGCCUACCAUUACUCACCGCUGCAUCGGCGUGUCGCUUCGAACGAUCCAUACGGCCGCAAUGCACAGCAUUUGCAACUGAUGACGAGCAGCUUCAAUGAGCAGCAAUUGAAGUUGCUCACCAGCGGUGAAUACCUGUCGCGGCAAAUGCGCGCGCGUAAGAAUUCCUUCGAUGGCAAUAUUGGCAACUCGCCAGCGCGGCGCGCAGCUGCAGUGGCAGCGGCAAAUGCGCAGGCACAAGCACAAGCGCAAGCUCGCCAAAGUGGUCAGGAGUCGCCAUUGCGUCGUUCCAGUUCGUUUUCGGCGAAAUUAGCGACGACUCAGCGCGCGGCGCGUCCACAGUUCUCCAACAUCUACACACCACCGGCGGCGCGGCACAAUUACUCGCUGGUUAGCGGCGGCGAUGGGCAAUCCGCAACGGCGGUGGCAGUCAGUAAUAGCAGCAUUAUGAAAAAAUCGGCAAGCAGCAACAAUUUCCGCCAAGCAAUCGGGGACUACGAUGAAAAUUUCCAAUAUUACAUCAACGACGAGGAUGACAUCGGCGAAGAGUAUUAUUCAAGCGGUGCUGAAGAGAUCGAAGAAGAGUAUGACGACGCGGAGCACUAUUACCAACACGACGAUGAUAUGCAAGCGGCAGCAGGGAACACAUCAGCUGUACCUCUGUCAAAUACGCGCCUCAACAAGGCGUUACUGAUGCGCAUCGAGCGUAGCAAGCAACGUGUAAGUGGCGGCGGCUUCAGUUCCGGUUCGGGAAAGCCGUCCUCAGCGCCCGUAUCGAAGUUGCAGCAGCAGCAGGGCGGUUCAUGCGGCGUAAUGGCAUGCCCCAACACGCCUGAACUACCACGGCGUGGCAUACGCAAUGCACCACGUUCAGCCGGCGCCGCAACGGCGCGUCAGUCAGUGCCGCGUGACACCAGUCUCAGUCGGUUGGCAUCACAGGUACCCAACUCUUUGGCCUCGGCGAAGAAGCAGCUACUGCAAACCGCCGCCGCCGUGCCCUCAGCAGCGAAGCUGACAAAUCAACGCGUGCAACCCAAGUAUUUGGACAUUUCGAAGUACAAACCGGUGCAGGGCAAUAAUUUUCUACGCAAGAACGAAUCGAAAAGCACUUUGAAGACAUCGACAUUGGCCGGCGAUGUGAUGAAACGUAGUCCGAGUAGCUCAUCGAUGGGGUUGAGUCGUGCGGAUCCGACACGCACCAGCAAUCGCAGUGUACGCUCGGUGGCUUCGUGCAUGACCACCAGCGGCACUACGCUUGGCGGUGGUGGUGGUGGCAGUGGCGGCAGUGGUCGAGCCUCAUCAGCGGUGCGUAGAGACCAGUCGGUCACUAAACAAAAAGAGGCUGAAAUGGCGAUGUGGAAGCGACGCUCCACGUACGAUCCAAUGAAGGCAGCAGCAGAAGAUCGCCGCAAGAAGGAGGAGGCCAAACGUUUGACGCUCGCCAAGAAUAUGGGCGAAAUGCCAUGCGAGAGCGCUACACGUACGCCGCCGCCACCUUUCAAGCAGCAACAACUAUCGCUGGACGAGCAAUGGACCGAAUAUGGUGAAGAAGAAAGCGUCUAAGCCCGAGUCUACUGGCGACAAGUGACAAUUUUAUACCAGUUUAAAAGAAGAUAGGAAAUUCAGCGAACAAAUUUUAAGCUAACUAAUGGGCGGCUAAAAUACGAACAAAUGCGCAAAGGAAAAAGCUUUGAAAAGUGAUACAUAGGAACUACUACAUAUAAAAUAUAAAAAUUAAAGAGAGAACUCUAUUCAUAGUAAUUGUUUAACAAAAAAAUUUAAAUAUGAGAACUAAUACAGAAGCAGAUGUAACACAUAAACGUUAAUUAAGCGUAUGGAGAAUGCUAAGUGAAUGAAUUGUGAAGCGACUAAGUUCUGUAUUCCAAGCGUGCUGUGCUGUCUUGGCUUGAUACUUGAAAAAAGGAAAUAGCUUGAAAAAUAACGAAAAAUAUUAACUAAAUAAAUAUAUUUAAUAAAAAAUGAUUUACAUACAUAGAUAAAUAUGCAACUAUUUUGUGAAUGGCAGCCAUACACAUGCUAUUUGUGUAUGCGUGAUAGUAAACUAAAAACACACACAUUCAGAAUUAUUUCUGCAAAUACUAACUAAUAAAAGCUGAAAUAUAAAUGUAUGUACAUAUAUGAUUGCGAUUUGAUUUUGUUUU